GUAAAACAAUCCAGAAAAACAGGUGAGGGCUUGAUAAUAAGCAGAAGGAUGAACGUUAGAGGAAAGUAAGCGUUUUCUCUCAAGACAAUUUGUUUUUAUUCAAAAGCAAACAGAAUUUCUCCAGCUCAGCCUUUUUUGCAGCUCGUCUCCAACAACAUGAAGGCCGAAGACAAACUUCAGAUCAGAAAAUUCUUUUUCAUGCUGAUCAACUCCUUGUUUAUUAUUCUUGGUAUCAGCCUUUUUGGAGCUUCGAUAUGGAUCUUAUUUGAUACAAGUACUGUCAUAACUGUUUUAAGCAAUGAGACGGACGUCAAGGUGGUGGCCGGAGGGCUGUUUAUUAUCGGUCUGGUGGUUGUCGGUGUUUCCAUGUUGGGCUGCAUUGGAGUUUGGUUAGAAAACAGAUGUUUCAUCGCACUUUACAUGGGCCUCUUAAUUGCCAUAAUUUUUGGUGAACUUUUUGUCACCUUCUUACUACUGGUGAGACGGAACCAAAUUGAGACAUUUUUGACUGAAAGUGUCGAUGCCAUCAUCAGCAUGUACGGGGUUAAUGGUACACAAACCACCUGGAGUCUUCUGGACAGUGUGCAGCAGUCUGCAAAAUGCUGCGGCAGACAGAACGCCAGCGACUGGAAGACAAACGAAUUUGUUCAGAGCCAGAACACAUCUGAUAUCUACCCCUGCUCGUGCUUCAAUGGGAGCUGCCCUGUAUUCCUGGCCAACGAGAUGUACUCGUUUGGAAAUGGGACUCAUAUCUACAUAAUGGGCUGUGAGGAGAAACUAAAGGAUUGGUUUGAAAAGAACGUAAUUGUGAUACUUGGCAUGGACCUUGCACUCCUAUUCAUUCAGAUCCUGCAGUUUAUUUUGGGACUUCUAAUCUUUCGGAACAUUGGUACGAAGAUUAAAGAUCAACAGCCUGAAAAUCUUCUCAAUGCAAUGGAAGAAAACCCAGCAUCAAGUUCUGACCCUUACCAAAACGAUCUGGAGAACUACCAGUCUUACACAAAUACUUCUGACCAGCAGCUGCACGAUGCUUAUAAUCAAGAACAUUCUGGACAGAGUUAUUACCAGUAUCACGAUCCUCAACAUCAACACAACUCUCAUAUGGAUGACCAGAGAUGGAACGACGGGUAUGACAACGCGGGACAGAGUUAUGAUCAGUAUGAAAGCCAGCUUUAUCAGCGCCAUCAUGACCCAAACCCCAACCAUCACAUCUAUAACCAGACAUUUGAAGAUGGUUAUGAACAACAAUAUGCUAAUACGAGUUAUAACCAGUAUCAAGGACAACAGUACCAAUAUGACCAUGACCUUCAUUACAGGCAGAGCUCAAAGAGCAAUUAUAGCUCGGGUUAUGUUCAUGAUGACUACAGGAAUAACUAUGAAUAUUAAUAAUCAACUCCAAAAUUAUUGGCACCUUUUCAAAGUGCAAAAAUGACACAAUAAUUAAAAAAAAUACAUUUGAAAAAUUGAAGAAAACACUUGAGCUAAAAAGCAAUUUCUUAAAAGAACAACUUGUUGAAAUAAAAGUCUUUUUUUUUUUUCCUCAAAAGAAACAUCCCCAUAAUUUAGUAAACAGGGCCAGAUCCAAUUCUCACUAACAGGGUGGGCCAGGAAGAUUUUUUUUUUUUUUUGGGGGGGGGGGUUAUAUAUCAAAGAUUCUUUACUGUCAAUUCGCUAAAUAUCCAGGACAUAUAGGAGAAUCAAAAUGCCAUUUCUCUCUCACCUUACUUGUAAAAAACAGAUAAAGAUUACAAAUAUAUGAAAAAUAUCCAUUAUCUGUAGCCGCUUAUCCUGUGCAGGGUCACGGGCAAGCUGGAGCCUAUCCCAGCUGACUACGGGCGAAAGGCGGGGUACACCCUGGACAAGUCGCCAGGUCAUCACAGGGCUGACACAUAGACACAGACAACCAUUCACACUCUCAUUCACACCUACGGUCAAUUUAGAGUCACCAGUUAACCUAACCUGCAUGUCUUUGGACUGUAGAGGAAACCGGAGCACCCGGAGGAAACCCAUGCGGACACGGGGAGAACAUGCAAACUCCGUACAGAAAGGCCCCAUCGGCCACGGGGCUCCAACCCAGAACCUUGUUGCUGUGAGGCGACAGUGCUAGCCACUACACCACCGUGUCACAUUUCUCUCUCCCCCUCGGGUAGGUGGGCCAACCUUGGCAUUGGGUGGGCCAGGCCCACAAUGCCCCCCCCCUGCAGAGCUGGGCCCAAUAGUUCUAGGGUUGACUGUAUACAUUCUUAUCCUCAUAGAUUUUAGUUUUCAUUUCAUCAACUGAUCAAUUUAUUAUGUAUUCGGUAUACAAAAUGCAUAGUUUUUUUUCAACUUGGUAUUUUAUUUAUAAUACUGUAUAAUGAUUUUUAUAAAAGUUUGUAACAUACAGGAUAACAGUAUUUACUUAUUGACAUGUAAAGCAUAUAUAUAUAUAUAUGAAGAUGAAUUAGUGGGAUAGCAAACUAACUCUGGGUCCAGUUUAUGUUCGCUCACUUUAAUUACUUUGAAUCCCAGCUUAAAAAAAAAAAACAACAAAACCACUGGUUAGCUUAGCGAUGAAUGAAUGAAUGAAUGAAUGACUGAAUCCAGCUCUGUAGAUGAUACAGGUAUUUACUGUAAAAUGAGAAAAUCAGCAGGAUAAAUACUGUCAAGUUUUACUGGUCAAGUAAGUUGGAAAGAAAAUAAAUACUGUUUGAAGAGUUAAAGUUGGAAAAUAGCACAAGUCAUAUGACACACUCUUACUUCUGUCACUGUA